AUGGCAAAGAUCAUAUUCUACGAGGAGAGAGACUUCCAGGGCCACUCAUAUGUGGUCACUGCCGACCAGCCAGAUAUGCACACUCACCUUAACCGCUGCAACUCAAUCCAGGUGGAAAGUGGCUGCUGGAUGAUCUACGAGCGCCCCCAUUACAUAGGACAUCAGUACUUCCUGAAAAAGGGGGAAUAUCCAAAUUACCAGCAAUGGAUGGGGUUCAAUGACUCCGUCAAGUCCUGUUGCAUAAUCACACCAGUAAGUUCACUAAGGAUACAAGUCUAUGAAAGGAAUGACGUGGGAGGCAGGAUGACGGAAUCCUUCUGUGACUAUCCUUCUCUCUGUGACGAAUUUCAUCCCAAGGACUUCCAGUCCUGUCAUGUAGAAAGUGGCUGCUUCAUGCUGUAUGAACAACCCAAUUACAUGGGACAGCAGUACUUGCUGGAACCCGGGGAGUACAGGCGACUCACCGAGUGGGGAGCCCUGAACAACAGGCUCGGCUCUUUCUCACCCCACAGAGACUUUCACUCCAGACAUUAUCCGAGUUCUUGCCAUUCUGCUUCAGUGGAAAAAUAA